AUGGGUUGCACGUCUAGCAAAGCCAUUGUCAUGGACAUGGUCACCGCUCCGUCGCCAAACGCACCCGUUAGCGCUGCCGCAGCACCAGCUGUACUCCCACCCUCUACCCCGAUAAGCCCCCCACCCGCAUCAGGCGCACCUCGCACACCGUUCACACCGUCUACGCCAUCGAAGAAGAAGUCAAAGAAGACGCUGCGCGACCGCUGCCCCUCUCCCGAGCCUCUGGGCGAUGCGCCGCCGUGGGUGACAUGCCGCAAACCGCUCGUCGACGUUGUACGCUCGCCCACUGGCGAAGUGACGGUCUUCGAGAAAGCCGCGCCAGCAUACGACCUUGACUCUGGCGAUGUCGUACUCGCGGCGAACGUCCCUCUUCCCAUCUCCCCCCUCCCUGGCCACGGCUACGCACAUAUGCCGCUAUCCCCAUCACCCUACGCGAACAUGCCGGCCAGUCCCGCUUAUACGGAGGUGUAG